AUGGCCUCAACACAGAAUGUGCAGGGCGACUACUACCGUGUUGUGCGCGGGUUCUGUCUGCUGUCCCGGCCGCUUUACCGUCCCUCGAAGUCGCGGUCAGACCGCUCGGGCGCCCCUGGCCGGGCGCAGGAACUUAUGUUCCCGGACUUGCAUCUGCUUCUGGUUUCCCCCAAACGACCAUGCGGCGGAAACAGUUGCAACUCAAGGAGCAUCAUAAAGUUCGCCAUCCCUAACCCUUUCGGCGCAAAUACGCUUCAUUUUCCUCAGGGUAUGUAG